UUCCCACCGGCGCUUCCUUUACGUGCCACGAUCAAUCGUAUAAUGAAUUGAUCAGCGGCCGAAAUUUGUCGGAAAUCGUGAUCGUUAUGAGAACCAGAAUCGCAUUUCUCGAUUGAAACCAAUUAAGGUUAAGAUGUUACACCAGAGUGGCAACAUUCCUGUGAUUGAAGUGUAUUGGUCUCUGGUCGAGAAAGCCGACAAGAAGUUCUCCAAGAUCAGGGACUUGCCCUACUAUGAACGGAACAGGUAUGAUACAUAUUUCUAUAAGGUAUUCAAGGUGUACACACAGCUAUGGAAGUUUCAGCAAGAGAAUCGGCAGAAGCUGAUGGAAGCAGAUCUCAAGAGAUGGGAGAUCGGUGAGAUUGCAUCUCGGAUUGCACAGCUUUAUUAUGGGCAGUAUAUGCGAACAAGUGACACGAGUUAUUUAUCAGAGUCAUAUAUCUUUUAUGAAGCAAUACUGACACGUGAAUAUUUCAAGGAGGAGAUGUUUCAAGAUCUCAGUCUUGCAAACAAACAAUUAAGAUUUAUUGCUAGAUUUCUGAUGGUGUGUUUGGUUUUGAACCGACGAGAUAUGGUGCAUCAGUUGGUUACUCAGCUCAAAUUGUUGGUUGACGAGUGCAAGAGAACAUUCCAGGUUCUUUUUUUCUUGCCAUUGCUCUAUCACAUCUUCUGUUGGUGGUUUAUCAUAGCUCUUUGGAGUAACAUUUUGAACAGCUUUUGA